AUGUUUACCUAUUUAUUCAUAUAUAUUCCUCCAUUCCAGGAACAAUUGAUUGUGACAGCCAACGGUAUUAUCAAUCAGCUUUUGACUGCUUACAAUAUCGCCAAGCUGUUCCUCAUUGUGGACGAUCUCAAGCCCAGUGUGAAUAAUCUGCUUGCUGACACGGCUUACAUACGAGCCAAUCAUGAAUCGGUGAAGAAAAUGCUGUCUAGCUAUUCUGGUGAGCUCAGUGCCUACACCGAUUUGCUUGUUCGAGCCUUCCGAGAUCUUUGUAACCAACUCAGAGGCAGUGUUCAGUAUAACACAUGUCUGCAACAAUUGUCCAAUGCCGAACAGCUACGUUUUACCUUCGACCCGACCAAGGUGAAUGCAAAUCCCAGCAUUACAUUGCAAGUGAUGGUCGAGCAGUUCAAUUUCAACCUGACAGCCAUCCUAACCCCAUUCGAUUCGGCCCGGGUCGGAAUUGAUCGUAUCACUGAGGAAGCCGUACAAAAGUUGUGUAACUUUUGCACAAUCAAUGUCAAUUCGUACAUUCGACCAACUCGAAUCCAUACAAAACGGAUAGAGGAUAAUAGGAUUAGCAUGUGGCUAAUCGAAGUUCGAGUUUUGGGCCUCCUGGACCGAACCCACAUUCGAUUGCGUCCUAUCUCGGUGGUCAGUGGUGUGCUCAGUCUGUUUGCUCUGUUUACACUCAUCGUAUCUGUCGCAGUUGUGCUCAGCAUGAUGCUUGUGCAGUCCGAGGGAUGUCGAAAUUUCACCGGUCAGACGAGUCAGUCACUCACUGACACGAUUUUGUAUCGGUAUAUGCGACACGAAUGGUCCAACUGGUUGAACAAUGCUACCAUCUCACCGGAUAUUCUAUCCCUGUUGAAUAUCGGUCCACCGACAAACCUCACCAAGGUGAUUAGCACCUCGUGCAAUCCAAACGUGAAUUCGCCCAACCAGGUCGGUCUGUUCGGAUUGGUUGGUCAUGAACGGAAUUUGAAUUUUCAACCUCUGCUGACCAGUGACAAAGUGACGUCGAUUAUUACGGAAGCAGAAAACGAAUUUGUCACACAGAUUGUUCAAACAGACUUCGCCUCGUACAUUCCAAAAGACCUGGACAGCUUGCAUGACUUGGCUCGUAAUGAAUCAUACACUGAACUAAGUCGGAACAUGCUUUCAGUUCCCAAUCUGACUACCUUCGUGGAUACUACAGCCGGAUUUUUACACGUGAUCCCAGAUAGUGUGUACGUACAAACUGUGAACAAAACACUCCAACUAAUCAAACAAUCAACGACCACUUUGGAACAGGUUCAGAUGCAAUCGGGAUUAUUGGCAGAAGCAUUUCUUAACCUAACUAAAAACCAGGACUUGACAAAUCAAUUUGACGCCCUUUUUGAAAGUGUGAAAACUACAGCCUCGAUCGUUUCCAAUAAAACUCAGCUAGAAGCUCCAAUACGGCCUGCGUUCCAAACCAGUAUCAAUCAAUUCCUUGAAGAAAUGAACAAACUUCUGUUAUCGCAUGUGGACCGCUAUUUGGAUGUGCUUAUCCCGUGUGGCCGCUUGUAUAAAAUGUACCAUCUGGUAUUCAAGCUAGUCUGUAAGCCGGACGGUUUAUGCAAUGCCAUGGGUGUAUUUUCCAUGCUUCUGGUGAUAACCAUAUUGCUGUUGAUUAUCGAUCUGUUCUUGUUUGUGCGUUUUAACGCGCGACAUCAAGUCCAAUCUCAUCUGGUGGAGAAUCAUUUGAACUGGUCGAAAGCGGUCAAGUGGACCUAUGAAGAAUGGACCAAGCAGAUACAUCGAGCAUGA